CUGAUACCAAAAGAUGGGAAAAGCAGCGUAUAUCUUUCUUCUCUUCUCUUUCUCUUCCUUUUUAGUAGCUCUAGCAGAGCAAUGUGGUACUCAAGCCGGUGGCGCCUUAUGUCCGGGUGGUCUUUGUUGUAGCCAGUAUGGUUGGUGUGGUACCACCUCUGACUACUGUGGAAAUGGCUGUCAAAGCCAAUGCCCCGGUGGUGGUGGUGGUGGUGGCGGUGGCGGUGGUGGUUGUGGUGAAGGUGGUGGUGGUGAUAUUGGUUCUCUCAUCAGUGAAUCCCUUUUUGAUGAAAUGCUUCUACAUCGAAAUGAUGGAGUUUGUCCUGGUAAUGGGUUCUACACUUACGAUGCUUUCGUUUCUUCCGCAAACUCCUGCGGCGGCUUCGCAACCACCGGCGAUGAUGAGACCCGUAAGGGGGAGAUUGCUGCUUUUUUGGCUCAAACUUCCCAUGAAACUACAGGGGGAUGGGCAACUGCACCUGGUGGCCCAUUUGCUUGGGGAUAUUGUUUUCUGAGGGAGGUAGGCAACCCUGGUGACUAUUGUGUAGCUAAUGCUCAAUGGCCGUGUGCUCCCGGUCAAAAGUAUUUUGGGCGUGGACCCAUCCAGAUUUCUUACAACUACAACUACGGCCAAGCAGGAGAAGCCCUAGGGUUGGACCUUCUCAACAAUCCAGACCUUGUUGCAACUGACCCAAAAAUUUCAUUCGAGACAGCAUUGUGGUUCUGGAUGACACCCCAAUCUCCAAAACCUUCAUGUCAUGAUGUUAUCACCGGCGUAUGGACACCCAGCGCUGCCGACAUCGCCGCCGGCCGUCUCCCCGGCUAUGGAACUACUACUAAUAUCAUCAAUGGAGGACUUGAAUGUGGAAGAGGUUAUGAUGAUAGGGUGGCUAAUCGUAUAGGAUUUUAUAAGAGGUACUGUGACAUGUUUGGAAUUGGCUAUGGUGACAAUCUAGACUGCUAUAACCAAGGCCCUUUUGGUUUUAGUCAUCAUUCUGCAUCUUAA